UAGGGUUAAUGCGAGAUGACACAAUAUACGAGAACGAAGAUGUGAUAGAAGCCAUAAAAAGGCUUCCUGAAAACCUGUAUCAUGACCGGAUGUUUCGCAUUAAGAGAGCCUUGGACCUGAGCAUGAGGCAACAGAUCUUGCCUAAAGAGCAGUGGACAAAAUAUGAGGAGGAUAAAUUCUACUUAGAACCGUAUCUGAAAGAGGUGAUUCGGGAAAGAAAAGAGAGAGAAGAAUGGGCCAAGAAGUGAUCAUGUCAUUGAAAUCUGUGGAGGUAGCUGCCUGCAGAGUAUUUUUAUGAAGUUGGUUCAACCUGAAAUGUUUAAUUUAAAAUCUAUCCUAAGCUGCAGAUGUAUUACUUUAAAUAAAUAUGUAUUGUAAUCUUUGUUGGACUUUUUGAGUCCUAAAUCUUAUAAAAAUCUUGACUGUGGAAUUCA